AUGCGACUCUACGCCUUUGGUCUGAAACACGAUACUGACCGCCCUGUGCCUGUACCCAUACUCCAGGCACCCUCCAUCAGAGUGCUUUGGGCGGCAUGGUGCGACGCUGUUAUCGCAUACAGUAAUAACGGGGAUGAAGAUGGUGGUGGACGAGGUGGUGGUGAGGAACCGUGGCCAUGGGUUCUAAAGUAUGUCGGCACAGGCCUUACGGCUGCUCAGAAGAAAUGGUUGACCGAGGAUGGUCAUCUGAAACGGGUAAGCGGUCUCGGGGAGGUUGUGUUCUUUGGUAGUGCAAUGCAUGAUGGCUUGAGGGGGUACAUUGUCAAGAGCGGUGACAGGGAUGCAGAGUGCGCAGACCAGAGGGUUGUGUUGUUUGGUACCGACAUGGAAGUUGAGGAUGGUGUACCAGACGUACAGGCUUACUCAUUGAGCGAAAACGACACUACAUCGAUCAUCACUGAUGUGAAGAUCGAUAGUGAAGGGGUCGUGUUGCUUUACAUGAAAUCACGCUCUACGGUCGAGGAGUCGGUUGUGCACUUUGCAGACUUCAGACAGUUCCAGCGAUAUUUUUCUUCUGGCCUCGCUCCCAGUUCGCCAGCGCCAGAAGUAACACCCCUCCCAUACGAGUCUCAUUCCCCGCCACAAUGUGUCAUAAACGCUACUACAACAACUGCUGUAGACGACGGUAUGCACGUUUGGACCUCAACCAGGGACCCAAGGUACCCACGUUGCUUGGGCCGGCCAUAUAAUGCCAGUUCAGAGACAGACAUCGCACCCCUGUCUUAUCUAGAGGAAUCAUACGUCACAAAGAUUGCAUCAGGCGGUUAUAUGAGCGCGGCGGUAAGCUCGGAUGGGGAAUUUUUUCUUUGGGGUCAGGCGUGCCCUGGGUCGGAGGGGGAACUGGACGUGCUUAAUGGAAGCAUAGGAGCGGAUGGGUUAGCAACGGGUAUUGGUGUUGAUGAGGAACAGGAUGAGUUUUUGAAGUGCUUGGAUGUGAGGAUAGAGGGGAAAGGGGCGAGGGUUUGUGAUGUGGCGAUUGGUCAUGGGCAUGUUCUGGUGGCUGCCGAAGUGUGUGGAAUAGGAGAAGAGACUAAAAGGGUUCUAUUCGCGGCUGGGGAUAACGGUAGAACCCAGCUUGGUCCUGAAACUGGUACACACUUCAAGGAGAGAUUUGAGGAAGUCAAAUCUAUGCGAGGCAAGCGGAUUAUUCAGUUAGUAGCGGCUGGUUGGUCCAGUUAUAUCGUGUCAGAUGAAGAGUAA